AUGAGUGGUGAAACGCACAGCUUCCAGAUCCAGUCUCUAGACCUGGCAAACUUUCAACCAUGUCUGCAGGAGGGAGAAGAUGCAGAAGAAGCACGAAACAAAACGACAGUGGCGGCUCUCUACAAAGCCUUGACCUCCAACGACGUUGAUGUCGUCCACCUCCUCCUCGCACCCUAUCUCGAGUGGUGGUUCCACGGCCCACCAACCCACCAGCAUUUGAACCGCCUGCUCACCGGCGCGCCACCAUACGACUCGUCAUUCAAGUUCGUCCCACUCUCCAUUGUCGCGUUCGGGUCAAUGGUGCUGGUCGAAGGAUUCGAUGAUUGUCGUUCGGUGUCGUGGGUGCAUGCAUGGACCGUGAUGGACGGGAUAAUUACCCAGGUCAGGGAAUACUACAACACGUCCGUCACGGUCACCCGGUUAUCGUCACCCGAAAUUAGGUCACAGUCAGGCAAUUGCCAGAGUGUGUGGCAAAGUAAGUUAGCGGAUAAUGAGUCCGUCCCUGGCCUCGUUUUGGCACUAUAACAAAAAAAAUGCUACAAUUAUGAUCUUAUAAGCUCUUUAAUAUUUGAUUAAGAAAGAGUUUAAAAAGCACAAGAACAAUAAGUAAUUAGCAUGCAACAACGUUGGCUUAAUUAUCUGAUGAAUUAUGCGUGUUUUGUGGGUCUUGUCUGUCUAGUUCUUGGUUAUUAUAUGUGCUUGGGAACAUUUGGGAGCGCAUAUAUAUAUAUACGUGUGCGUGUGAUAUAUGUGGAACUUAAAUUAUGUUUGUAAAAUAAGUG